CGUUCCGCAGUGGCCGCGUCCAGUCCAACAGUGGACCGUCCCUUCCGUCAGAUCCCUCAGCACACCGCUCCUAAACCGCUCUGAAAGCGCGUGAAGCCCCCCGGUGGCGCGCUGUUAGCCCGCUCCUCUCCGGUCCUCCGCGGCAGCCAGAGCCGAGCAGCGCGCCUUGUUUUCGGACAGAUGUGAAGCGGAGCAGCGGUGAGAUGUGAGGCCAGUCCCCCGCCUUCGUCUGACUAUAGGGACGGCCCCCUGCCCCCUGCCCUCUGCCCUCUGCCCCUCCCCCCGCUGCUCCUCUGAUUCCCUGCCCUUUGCCCCUCGCCCCUCUGCCCCCUGCCAUGGCGUCCAGCGCGGUGCCCAGUGAGGACUUGCCCACGUACAAGCUGGUGGUGGUGGGUGAUGGGGGCGUGGGGAAGAGCGCUCUCACCAUCCAGUUCUUCCAGAAGAUCUUUGUCCCGGAUUACGACCCGACCAUCGAAGACUCCUACCUCAAGCACACCGAGAUCGACGGGCAGUGGGCCAUUUUAGAUGUCCUGGACACGGCUGGUCAGGAGGAGUUCAGUGCGAUGAGGGAGCAGUACAUGAGGACAGGGGAUGGGUUCCUCAUCGUUUUCUCCGUCACAGACAAAGCCAGUUUCGAGCAUGUGGACAGAUUUCACCAGCUUAUCCUACGAGUGAAGGACAGGGAGGCGUUCCCCAUGGUGUUGGUGGCAAACAAAGUGGACCUGGUUCAUCUGAGGAAAGUGUCUUCUGAGCAGGGCCAGGAGAUGGCAGCAAAGCACAGCAUCACUUACAUAGAGACCAGUGCCAAAGACCCGCCCAUGAACGUGGACAAGGCGUUUCACGAGCUCGUCAGGGUCAUCAGGCAGCAGGUCCCAGAGCGACACUUGAAGAAGAAAAAGAAGAUGAAGUGGCGAGCAGAGAGAAGCGCAGCCCACCGCCACAGAAGACUCACCUGCGCCCUCCUGUGACCACAGAUAGAACUGCACCCACACACUCACCUGCACCCACACAGUCAGCAGCGUCCCCUAGUGUCCCCAGCACACUACAGGAGCACAGACCCAGCGCUCUCAUUGGUCUGAGUGGUCUGAUUGAUCUGCACUCUGAUUGGACGCUUGUCCUUUGACGGACGCCUUGAGUGGACCACAGUGAGCUGCACUCUUCUCUUCUCUUGGAUACAUGUCCGUGAUGUUCUGUGAUUGGUCGAUGGGAUAUUCUUUGCUCUGACUGGGUGAAAUGGGCAGGGGCUCGGUCUGACUUUAUUCUGAUUGGACAAGAGGGAAUAAUUCUCCUGUGAAUGGAUGCCACGCCUCUCUCAGUGUUUCUGAUUCUUCAUCAAGGAACAGAUCAUGUCUGUGAUCGACUGAGAUGUCUAUCGGAGCCUCUGAUUGGCUAAGAUAUCUAUCAGAGCCUCUGAUUGGCUGAGACGUCUGUUAUAGCCUCUGACUGGCUGACUCGCCUCUUUCAGAGUCUCUGAUUGGCUGACAGACAGGUUUAAGAGCACAAAAGGAUGUUCACGUGGAGGAAUUUCAUGCAGUGGUGCUACUGUCUUUUUUGUCAAUCACAAUUUUCAGGAAAAUCUCAUUUUCUUUUAUUUAAAGACAAUUUUUACAGAGGGACAUGAAAGUGUGAAAGAAAGAUGCAGUGAAGCAGAAGGGAGGAGCAGGUUUAAGUUCAUGCAGACGGUUCAAACUCUGAGAUCCUCAGAGAUCAGGGCCAUGAUUUUGGAUUAGAAAGAUCUCCUGUUCACCUGUGUCAUAAACCCACCCAGAGCAUUCACAUGAGAGACUGAAAUCUGAACUCAUCCUAGAAUCCCAUGUAUUUCAGAACAUGUCUGUGAGGUUUGAACCACUUCAUAAAGAAACAGCACAACAGUAAACCACAGGAGUCAUCCAUGUUCACUGUUCAACCCUGAAGCUCAAAUGUUAAAGCUGCACUGUCUACCUUUUUUCUGGUCUCCAUGGAGAUGUCAUUUUUUGCCAGGAAUAUUCCACAGUAUGGCAUUUAACUUCUAACCCUCCUUGGAGAAAAGCAGGCGAGGUGACCCGGCUCACAGUAAGAAUUUGUUUGUCAGUGUAGUAUUCUACCAAUAAAAACACGCUAUUAAAAUCAAUGUAAAACAGUGGGGCCAAUCAAAUGGUGGUUUUAAUAAUCGAGAUUUUGACAAAGUGCUAAAUUGUGAAACUGAGGAUUAUUUAAAGUCAAGUUUAUUCCACAGUAACUCUGCACUGUGCAAUUAAACUAUUCACUCAUUCUAACUGAAAUGAUUCUGAUUAGACAGAAAGAUCAGACACAUGUAACUGAAGGCAGGUAACAAUUUUUUAAAGAGGGGAUAUCACGCAAAAAUAAUAUUUAAUAUUUUGUUUUAACUUUGUUGCCUCAUCAAAAACAUGCCUCAAGAGGUUUUAGAUAUCAUCCAUGCAUGCUUGAGUAAUUUAGCCCUGUUCAAACCCUUCUUCUGGGCAGCAGUACAAGCCUGUACAAGACUCCGCCCACAAGCCUACGUCACAAUUUCCCAUAAAUAUACAAAAACAUGAUACAAAACUCUACAGAACAACUUUACAAACCUGAUGCGAAGUGCAGUAGUUUCAUUUGCAGGAUGCACGUGAUUGUGUUGUGAUAGCGCUCUGAAGGGGGAGUGACUUAGCAUGGGUAAUGCUAACUCCCUCCCACUUAUUGUAUUUUCUAAAUUACAAAAGUUAACAUGGUGAUCUAAAUCUGUUCUGUUACACUUAAUAACCCCUCUUUAAAAGUGUAUGUGUGUAAUGUGCAGUGGGUGAGGAGCUGAUCCGGGCCUCUUCUGUUCUGUGUGUGACAAGACUCUGAAUGAUGUUUAAAGUGCAUAUGACAGGUGCAUAUGACAGGUCAGACAACUCUCUGAAACACACUUAACAUGAAGAGAUUUAAGAUUUUACAAAAGAAAAGCUGUUUUGUCAUUUUGGUGUCACUAUCCACUUCUGACUUGGUGGUUGGACACGGGCAGCAGAUAUGACAUACAGUAUGUAGUGAUAUGUUACCUAGCAACCACAUUGUAAACAAGGGCCAAAACCUAAAAAGUCUAAUUUCUACUGUAGAUCUAAUUAGACUAAUAAAUAUACAUGUCAACAUCUUGAUUUAGUAAAAAGAAGGUUUAAAGUGUCAGAAAAAGUCCUUUCUUGUGUGUAAAUUGUCUCUGUACUUUGGAUGGAGUGUUGAUGACAUCAGCAGAGGGAUUCUGUUUCACAGCUCAGAGCUACUUCCUGUAUUUUCAACUCACUGUCACAUGACUGAUGUAAAACUAUGAUCAGUAGUGAUCACAGGUACACUCCCACUUAACUAAAGUCAGUAUUAGAAAAUGAUAUGAAUCUGUAAAAUGCACUUUAAAUUCUGUGGAAGCAGCAAUGAUCAUUUAGAGUUUUUAGACACUUCAAUGUGGUUCUGACACUUUCUCUUUGAUUUUCAUCAGAUACAUCAGAACAUCUGCAGAUAGACACAUUUGACCUGUCCCCAUUUCAAGCUAACACUACAGGGAUACAGGAGGAUGGGAGGGCAUCUGACUCACAGGGAUACACGGCUCAGACUGUUACUGUGCACAGCGCCCCCACAGUCCUGCUCCUGCAUCUCGCUGGCAGCGGUGUGCACUUUUUUCGAAACAUGGUGGUGAAUGUGGUGACGUGGCUUUAAACUCAAAAUGCUCCAAAACCAAAGGAGUCAUUUUAGUCCAAUUGUGAGAAUGAAAAUGUCCAGUGUUUGUCAGCACCAUAGACUCUAUAUGUGUGUGUGCAUGCGUGUGCGUGCAUGUGCGUGUGUGUGUGCAUGUGUGUGUGUAUGUGUUAGGAUUGUAAUUAACUAAAGACAUACUGUAUCUCUCUGUAUCUGACCCACUGCACUCACAGGCAGUGGUGGAGUUUGCUAUUUGGAGGCUCUAGGCAAACUUGAGUUUAGGGCCCUCACUUAUAUGCACCCUUUUUUGUUUUGUUUUUUAAUAUAUUUAUUGUCUGUUUCUCCCCAUUGUUCUUGAGACAUGCACAUCUCUGUUUAUUUGAAUUAUGGUGGAUUGGAAACUUGUCUUAUUAGUUCGGGCUAGAAAACCAGUGCUGAAAGUAGUUUUAUUUUUUUCUUAUGAUUAUUGUUUAAAAGUAAAACUACUCUCAUUUAAUGUCAUAUUGAGAGAAAAUCUAAUUGCUCUGAGGCCUCAACCAUUAGUGGCACUGAGGGCAAUUGGUUGGGGGCCCCUCCAGGUUUGAGGGCCCAAGGCAGCCGCCUACUUUUGCCUAAAGGUAGCUCCGCCUCUGCUCACAAGACGACACCUACAGGGGGAGUUCAUGCAAAAACUAUUAUUUAUGCAGAUUCAACUUGUAAAUCAUGAGUUUAAUCUGACUUUUUACAAAGAAAUACCAAAAAUACAAAAUCUGCAGCUCACUCACUCUCUUCUCCUUUCUGCUGUGUCCUCUAGACGCCCUGACGAUCGAUUAAUACACAUUUGGUCGACUCAGACUCCGUCAGCUGAUUAAUCGACUAAAUGACUAAAAGCCUACAGCCCUAGUCUGUGUGUGUGUGUGGGUGUGGGGGGGUGUGUGUGUGUGUGUGUGUGUGUGUGUGCGUGUGUGUAUAGACUUGUACAUAGAGUCUAUGGUGAACAUGGAGCCGCGGCACAAGUGCUCUUACCCUGAAUGUCACGUCUCUUUAUACUUUUCUAUGGAAUUAUUCUCAGUCUUUAAGUGUUUUUAAAAUGUAAUUUAUUAUUGUAUGUUUUACUCUUCUGGUCAGUCCAGGCACAGUCCUGGUGCAGACCUGGUUUAGUCCUGGUUCAGAUCUAGUCUCUAUCUCUUUGGUUAAAAUAAAUCUCAUUAAAAUG